CAGAGAAAAUAAAAUAUAUUCAGGUUAGGAAAGGCUAUACUUUGCAGGCACUAUGAAAGGCUGUCUUUCCAUUACAGUCCUUGCAGUCCUUUUACUGGUGCACAGCUCCCAGGCAGUCUACGUUCAGGAUGGAGACUUGAAAUUCUCCCUUGAGUCUGUGAAGAAGCUAAAGGAGCUUAUGGAUGAGAACAGACAUGUUAACCCUCACAUAGUGGUUUCAAUGGCUAGCUAUUCUCCAUGUGAUGAAAAAAAUCUCCCUGAGGAGUUCCAACCUGUGUGCAAAAGAGAAGAUGCAUCCAUGGUUUUUGAGAGGCUGAACCAGGCUGUCCGAGACGAUGAUUUGUGUGAAAUCUGUGCCAAUGCUGCCUGCACUGGUUGCUUUUGAAUAAGGAUGAAACAAUCCAAAGAAGAUGUGUCAAGCUAGGAAGUUUGUGCAUUCAUAUUGCAAGAUGACAUACUUUCACAAAUCAAUAGUUGGGCUCCAUCUCCACUACAGUCAUACUGGAGCUGCUAGCUCAUGUAGACAUAC